AUGCCUUUAACGAGCAAUCACCAGAACUUGGUCGUUCAAAAACUGGUUGCCGGAACUGAAGGACAUCCCAUACAGCUGUUGGCUAAUUACUACAAGCUGAAUGUUUUAGAAAACAGUUUUGUCUAUCACUACGACAUUGACAUCAGUCGAGAACGACAAGAAAAUGCUUGUGACAGUGACUCCUGCAUUAUUCAUUUCAGCGACACCAACUCAAAUAAAGAUCCCUUUGCCAAUCAAGUGAUCUCAAAAAUGCUUUCAGAAAACAACAUUUUUAUUGGCGUGCGUCAUGUUCAUGACGGAUUAAAGAACCUGUAUACCACACAACCAUUCAAUUUCCCACAUCACAAUGUCAUGAACCUUGAUGUGAAAAUCAUUGUUGAUAAACAACCGGUGAAGUUUACUGUCCGGGUGAAACUUGUUGAAAGGAUCACCCUGAAAGAGAUCAUUGAGUUCUACACCAGCAAAAGGAAUGACCUCAACAAGCGCGUCCUUUCAGUUUUUGAAACUAUUCUUCGCUUUAUCAUGGGAAAGCACUACGUGACUUUUCAGCGAAAGUUUUUCGACCUCACCUCUAUCACUAGCUCACCCAGAGUUCAACUUGCCGAGUUUAUCAGUGGUUUCACUUCAGCGGUUCAUAUGACUGAGUUUGGUCUUGCCCUCAACGUCCACCUGAAAACUUCUUGCGUGAUUAACCACAACAUCAGCAGAGUCAGCGAUCUUGCAAACGUGUUAGCAGGAAUUCAGAUUGGCAGGCGUCCAUCAAAGCAACAGAUAAUGGAUUUCAACCGAUUCAUCCGCUACUUGCGAGUCUUUACUCAGCACGGCAAUCGAAAAAUAAACUACACAGCUGAAGGUCUUGUCGACAAGACAGUUUACGAAAUUAAGUUCACUUGCAAAAGAUCGGGACAAAAAAUCACCGUUGCUGAGUACUUUAUCAACGAGUACAACAUUACUCCCGAUUUAAACACGGUCGCGUUAAAGAUGACCAAAAAAAGUGUUUAUUUACCUCUGGAACUCUGCUUUCUGGUACCCAAUCAGUUCCUUAGCACGGCAAAGAUCAACACGCAAAUUCAACGAGACAUGCUGCUGAAGGCGACAAACUGUCCCAACGUGUACUUCAACAUGUUGAGAAAAGUCAUUGAAAAAGUGGCUGCAUGUGAGCUAGAAACCCAGCAAGACUUUGGAAUCAGUCUCGACACCAACCCGGUCACUUUCAUGGGACGCGUCUUGAACGCUCCGAGACUGCUCAACUCAAACCGCAAUGACAAGUUCAAUCAAGCUUGCAAAGUGCCUAAAAAUUGGGGUGUUGUUUGUUUUGACAGCAAUGUCACUCAAGAGCAGCUCAGCUGUUUUUCGAGUAUGAUGGUGAACAGAGCGCGCUCCUUUGGUCUUAACCUAGGAUCCCCAAACCUAAUGGCAAUUGUUGCCAUUUCAGAGGCCCACAUGCUGCUUACCACUUUAACCAAUUUCCAAUCAGAGUCACAAGCAGAGUUUAUCUUUGUUGGAAUACCUACAAAUCACACUGUCAUUCCACCGGCUCAAAUGUACGGCUUAGUCAAGUACUACUGUGAUCAGCAGUUUGGCAUUCUGUCGCAAUGCUUCAAGGCGGACAACGUUGAUAGAACUCCCAACGGAUACUUUGACCAGUUUCUCCUCAAAGUAAACGGAAAGUGUGGAGGAGUGAACUCGCUGGUUGAGCCUACCCAGUUGCAAGAUUUUUCUUUUAGCCUGACCCGCACCAUGUUUGUCGGCAUUGAUGUGAACCAUCCGGCAGAGACGCAGAAGAUGGCCAUUUCGGUGUCUGCCGCUGUGGGCUCUCUCGAUUCCAAUUUCAGUCGAUACGCCGCUAGCAUUUUUGUUCAGAAAAAAGAUCGAGAUGAAAUUUUGAAAAACCUUGAGUCAAUGAUUUGUGAACUGCUCGUAGAGUAUCAAAAAGCAAAUAAUGCACUGCCAAAGAAUGUAGUCAUCUUUCGCGAUGGUGUUUCUGAGGGACAGUACCAGAAAGUGGCAGCCACUGAGCUUCCAGACAUUCGAGCUGCCGUCACCAAGAUGACUACUGAGCCUAUCAAGAUUGCGCUGAUCAUUGUGCAGAAGCGACACAACGCUCGUUUUGCACUAACCACCGUCAACUCCCAAGGACGCAGACCCACUUGGAAUGUGCCCAGCGGAACGGUCGUCGACAACACAAUCGUCGAGCCAGUGUACAAGACGUUCUACCUGAACAGUCACUUUUCGCCUCUG